ACAAUAUUUGAGUUACGAUAUUUUAGUCACGAUACGAUAUCGUCACGACAUUAAAAUCAAGAUAUUAUCAAGAUAUUUAAGUCAUGAUCACAAUAUUUAAAUUUCAAUACGAUAUUAUCACAAUAUGUAAGUUACUAUAUUAAGCAUCCUUUUGUAAAUGUGAGUAUUAUGAGUAUUAAAGUGAUAUUUUACAUUCUUACAUUUAUGAAACAUUAUCAUAAAUAAAUAAAUAAACGUAAUCAACCUUUACUUAGUAACAGAAGACGUUUGUGUGUUUGAUGUCUUUGAAUCAAAGGAGAAGGUCAUCAUCAUCAAUAACUGUGCACUUUAGUAACACUUCUUACUCACCUGUAGAGGGCAGUGCUGCACCUCUCAGUCUACAGCCUGAUCCACAUUAUUACUACCCUUCCUUUUUCUAAGACGAUACAAGCUAACUGCUCACUAGGCUAACAAUGGUAGUGGAAGCAGCAGACUUCACUGGACUGAUGUGUCUUUUACAACAUAACAACAAACACGUCAAUAACCAAGUUCUGGUCAUCAAUGGUCAUGAUUACAUAAGUGACUAUGACCACGCCUCCGCCAUCAGUGACUAUGACCACGUCCCCGUCAUCAGUGACUAUGGCCACGCCCCCGUCAUCAGUGACUAUGACCAUGCCCCUGUCAUCAGUGACCAUGACCACGCCUUUGAAGUUCAUCAACUCGACUGCACCUGUGUCAUGGACGAAGAAGAACAUGUCAUUUGUUACUAUGACCACAACCAGAGGAUGUCUGACAGUGACUCAGCAGGAAGAAAACUGCUGUCAGUGGACUUUGAAAUCUUCGGUCACGUUCAGGGCGUUUGCUUCAGAAUGUACACAGAGAGUGAGGGGCUGCGUCGCGGCCUGGUCGGCUGGGUGAAGAACACCUGCAGUGGGACGGUGGUGGGUCAAGUUCAAGGUCCAGCCGAGAAGGUGGAGGACAUGAAGGUGUGGCUCAGUAAAGAAGGAAGUCCGUCCAGUCGUAUCACCAGAGCUUCCUUCACCAACCAGAGAAACAUCGACAAACUGGAACUGUCGGGGUUUAAAACUCGUUUCUGAACUAAAGAAUCAAACUCAUCCUGAAGAUCUGAAGAUCUGAAGAUCUGAAGAUCUGAAGAUCUGAACAUCUGAACAUCUGUAGAUCUGUAGAUCUGUAGAUCUGAACAUCUGAACAUCUGUGGAUCUGAACA